UUCAGUACAAGUGUAACAGUUGUGACCGAUGGUGGUGUUAUUGGAAAAGAGAUUCGUAGAAAUCGAAACGUGCUAAAAAGUGUGAUAUUUACCGACUAUUUGCAUAGUGUGAAAUUGCCUAAUAUCUGGUGAUAUCUUGCCUAGGAAUUGAGAUGAGUUGUCUUUUAAAUAUCAUCAUCUGUGGCCUACUGGUGACACUUUUAUGUGCAACCAGUUCUCGAGCAUCACAUCGUACUCAAAAGCGACAAACUACAAAUACAUCCAUUUCUCCUGAGAUUCUCCAACAGUACCCGAAUGGAGCAUUCGAUGACAGAAAGCCGGACCCGGAUCCUAACAACCAACAGUUCAAAGACUACGUAAAUGUACUGACCCGUUUCGAUGAUUGGGUAACAGGUCAAACCCACACACGAACCCCGCAGGAGGUACUCCCAGACGACGAAAUCAAUGAUCCGAUACCGCAAGUAGAUCCCAAUAACCAGCGUUUUAAAGACUAUGUAAGCGUUUUGACCCGUUUUGACGAUUGGGCUACUGGCCACGGCCACGUGCGCGGGCCACAGGACGUGCUUCCGGAUGACGAAUUCAAUGAUCCAAAACCUUCAACGGAUUCGAAUAAUACUGCUUUUAAAGAAUAUGUAACUGAGCUGACUCGAUUUGAUCCUUGGAUCACUGGACAGAAGGUUCCUAUUCCAACGGAUCCAGCGACGGAUGCACUGCAUCAAGAUAUUGGAAACAUUGAUCAGCUAAAUCAAACAACUCAGUAUUCGAACUCAGAUGAACAGUCUUAUAAUGACUUUGCUAAGACUUUGCCACUUGCCAUUUCUAUCCCAACCAGCACAGCACAGCCGAAUCGGGAAGAAGUUCCUUUUAGUGAUAACAAACCGACUAUUCCUCCGAAUUCCGCGUACAAUGACUACGUGAAGGUGUUGACGCGUUUUGAUCCAACAAUCACAGGUCAAAAGGUACCUAUCCCAGCCGACCCAACAACAGAUGCUUUACAUCAGGUUUUUCGGAGAUCGUUGAUAAGUCCCGAAGAACACUUCGCUGAUCAGAUAAGCGAUAGCACCCCGGUAAAUCCAGCUGCCAAAAAGGCGUAUAAUGACUUUGUGUCAGAGCUCAAGCGCUUCGACCCAUGGAUAACUGGCCAUAAGGUUCCCAUUCCGCGAGAUGCCGCAACCGAUGCCUUGCACGAGAUCACUAAACGGUCUCUAUUCGGUAGCGACUCCGCUCAAAUCUCUCAAACACGAUCCAAACGUGCAAUAAUAUUUCGUCCAUUUUUCGUCUACAGGCAGCAGGAACUGAAGAAAGUUCGUGGUGGCGGUGAAAAUCGUGCUUGAAACGAGGACAAACCAAACUGGUUAGUAGACGUGAUAAUCAAUGUCGCAUUGAAGUUCAAAAUAUUGAACAACACCGGCAAACUGCUGAUGGUAUUACAGUUAUUCGUGUGUUAUGGCUUUGUAAGUAAUGGUAUUCAUUGUGUGACGUGAUUGAAAAUUUGGAUUGUGUAAAUAGUAUAAGCAAUAUUGUUGUUGGACCGUUCUCACACAU